CUUGAUUGGAUGCGCAUGUGAGGCGAGCGGAGCUGACAAGGUCGACUGCAUACCUAGGCACGUCUAAGCCUUCAUGCAGACCCCAGUAGGAACACCACGACUUCAUUGCCUGCAGAUUGCAGUAAUGUCGCCCAAAAACAUUUCCUGGGCGCCGGACUAUCUGUAGAGUCUAUCAGAUAGGCAUCCUCAUGAUCUUUCUAGCAAGUGAUUCUCCUACUGCUCGCUUCUUAUGUUGGACAUCUCGAGUGGAGUUCAGGGUGAUGGAGUGAAGGUCGACACCUUAGAGGUGAUCCAACCAGAGGAUAUCAUCAUCGCUAUCUUGGGGGCGACAGGCGCGGGGAAGUCCUCUUUCAUCGAGAACUGUACAAAAGAUCGACGGCCGUGUAUAGGUCAUGAGCUGACGUCUUGUACUACACAGGUGUCGGUGCAUACCAUGGAAAUGCUUGGACGUACAGUACACCUGAUAGAUACACCUGGUUUCAACGACACACUACGAUCGGAUGGCGAGACCUUUCAGGAGCUGGCUUACUGGCUGGCGGCAGCGGACGAAAGGAAAUUUAAGCUGAGUGGGAUCGUCUUCUUGCAUCGUAUAACCGACAUACGGUUUCACAGCUCAACCAGACGUGCACUCGAGAUUUUCAAAGCAAUAUGCGGGAAGGGCGCCUUCUGCGGGACGGUUGUAGCGACAACGAUGUGGAAUCGAGUGGCCACUGGGGAGAUCGAAAAGGCACAAGAUCGCCAGAUUCAAUUGAAAACCAAGAUCCAGGAUGACAUACUGGCGUUUGGUGGCAGAUUAGUACCGAUCUCCGCAGCUGAGGUGGAUCCCUGCAAUAUCGUGAGGCACAUUGUUCUGAAGGAUAUGCGGCUGGACUUGGCUUUUCAAAAAGAGUUGCGGCAGCACGACCGUCUGCUCCACCAGACGACAGCAGGGAAGAUUGUCUACGAGAGCUUGCUCUCUCCUUCCGAUGCAAUGAGAGCCUCAAUGCAUAGUUCUGCAAGGGAGAUGGCGGCAGCAAUCAACUCACUGCGGGCGACGCGUGCGGAGGUACAGAUAGCGUGGGAGAAGCGGAUACAAAAAGAGAACGAAGACUUCCAGCAACUUACACAGAGGUAUCGAGAUUAUACGCGACUGAUAGAUCAGUCAGUCAUGGCAUCCGAAACACCGUCGAUUGGCGAGAGACGCGACGUGUCAAACACGGACCUCGAAUUUGAGUUCGAGAAAUUGAAGCGCGAACACGAAGCGGUGAUGUUCAGGCAAGGUUCCAAACUGGACAGGAGGAUUUACAGGUCAAAGGGCCGCGGCACAACGACUCUGGGUGUUGUUGGAACUGGCUUAGCGGUCGGGCAACUUGUUGCUGCCGUAGCUUGUAACGUUAUGUAGGAGCGGAGAUAGUGGUGUUACAGAAUCAAGCAGGGAAGAGCAGCGCAAGCAGAUGGAAUGUGCUAAUUGACAAAGGCAGAUCAACGAAUCAGGCCACAAUAAGCUGUUCAUACAGCACGGUUUUAGCAAU